GACAAGUUGUGCGCAGCGGCACGCCAGGCCAGACAGGAUCUACACCUUGUCCUGGCUGGCCAUAUGCUCUUUAUCCAGCAGUAAGCGCCUCUUAUCCCCCAAGGCGAGAAUGUACUGAGCGGCAGCAGCAAACAGGGAGACCGCCAGGCCGCGGCGCUCGAGAACUUGAUGACUGUGAAAAGUCAAAUCCAAGCCGUCGACGGCCAAAUCCGCGAAAGCGACCAGUCUGUCAAGUCGCUCAUGCAAUCAGUCGACUCCAAAAUUGACUGCGUCUCAGAUCGCGUCGGUGCUCUGUCCGUGGCGCUCGCCCAGAAAGAUACAGCCGAUCCCACCUCUUCACCCGCACAGUCUUCGAAUGACACAGAUCGCACGACAAGAGCAGGUAGGGCCGAAGAAAUGAAUCUGAGAGAAGCCGAUCGGCUGCUCGUGGAAGCACGCCGGAGUAUGAUGCUAGGCCCUAUAUCGCCCAAUAGACUUGGACCCAGCUGCAGCAGCACCUGCCGAUGCCGAUGCCACAGCCGGCGGCGGAACCUGAAUCCCACUCCAGAGUGGGUCAAGUCCGCGCUGGGCAACAUCGACAUACACCAGAGCAGUGGAGGGGCGUUUCCAUUUUCAAACCAUGGCUGCGACAACCGGGACUGCCUGCGCCAGAGUUCCCAGACCGUCGGCCUCGGGGUUCGAUACCGCUUUCCCAGCUGGGUCGCCAGCCGAGAAUUCCAAUUCAAGGUCGACUUUGGUACCCAGGAUCGUCAACAUGGCCCUUCUGUGUCUAUUCGCGUCCCUGUUAUCGUCCUGUCGGACCAUGAAUUGUGGAGCGCAGUCCGCACGGGUGACGUGAAAACGAUAGCGGAUCACCUCAAACAAGGGACCUGGUCCAUACACUCUGUGGAUGAAAACGGGGCUUCGCUCCUAUUCGUUGCUCUCUUAUCCCGACAGCUCCAGCUUGCAAUGCAGCUUAUACACUGGGGAGCCGUGCUAGACUCUAAAUCAACCUGUUUGGCACGGGAUAUACUAAGAUAUCAAUACGACCUGGACAAGGGCGGCAAGCUGUCCAACUUGGCAAUACUCCAGAAUAUCGCCUCCGCCGGACAGGACGAUGACGGCGACGACGACGAGCAAAUGGUCAUACAUGAGACCCACCUGGCGGCCAAGGGGCUCUUUGAUAUGGGGCCCGAGCUGGAAAACGACCCCGAGAGCAUCAACAGCCGGGACUCGAACGGCAAGGCGCCGCUGCACUGGGCCUGCAACGGCGGCAACGCGGGCGUGGUCAAGCUUCUGGUGCGGGAGGGGGCCGACGUCAACGUGGCGGAUUUCAGCGGGCAGACGCCGCUGAUGACAGCGGCCAGCCACGGCGCAGUGCCCUGCGCCCGCGCUCUCCUGUUUGAGGAGGGUGGCCGCCGCCGCCGCACGUGCUGCCAAGUCGACAGGCUCGACACCCAGGGGCGCACCGCUCUGCACUAUGCCGCAGCGUCGUCGUUUGCCGGGGGCGGCGCACACGCCGUCAUGCGGCUGCUGCUCGACUGCGGUGCCGAUCCUAGGCGGUGCAACCUGGGCGGCGAGACAGCGCUGCACGAGCUGGCGUCAUCGUACACUGCAGCUCUCCCGAGCACAGAGCUACUUCGACGAGUUGAGAUACUCCUCAACGCCGGGGCCGACCUGGAGGCUGCCGACAAGUGGGCCUACACGCCGGCGCUGCAGGCCGCAACUGAGGAUAACCAUACGGCGCUGGGGGUGUUUCUGGGGCUCGGUGCACGGGCCGACGUCGUGGACAUGGACAAGAUGGGUAUGCUGCAUUUCGCAGCCCUCUUUGGCGGGACCGACACGAUCCAGCAGCUGAGGGAUGCCGAGCUGGUGGGCGUCGAUGUCGAGGCACCGAACUACCAAGGCGACACGCCGUCGGCCCUGUUCAUCUGGCGGCGGCGGGCGCGGCUUUGGGGGUGCGAGACGUGGGUGAGGGUGCCCACUACGGGAGACGCCGAGUUGUUUGCGGCCCUACUCUACGAGGUGCAAAAGCGGAACGGAGAUCAAUGGGUUGGUCGCGGUUAAUCGGCGCCAUUCAUACGCGUGCGUGAUCUGCAUUAGGCGGAUUUAAGGGUAUACCUACCUAGAGCUAGCACACCGUACACUGUCUCCAACAGCAGAUCAAGACGAAUUCUCGUUCCUUGGUUUCUAGCUUAGAGCAUAUUUCACUACGAAUAAGCCUCAACCUUGAGCUUCAAAACCGUCCUGCCCCUCCUACCAGCAGUGGCAACCGCAGCUCUGACACUAUCACAAAGCCCACCGGGCCCCGACACGACAACGCCGACGCGCGCCCACCCGGCGUCUUCCUCGUCAGCAAUCAGCUCGUCGA